UGAAGGAAGUCACGUGACAGCCCGAAGCACUCCGCGUCUAUACCAAAGCAACACCGAAGCACCAGCGACGGCGCAGGGACGCUCGGAGAACCAGUGAAAGAGAGUUGCCAUGGAUACCGCUUACAAACAGAAGCUGCUACCUCGCCUAGGCCGGAGAGCUGGACAAUCUAGUAACCUGCAGGAGGAGCUCAAGUCGGACGAGGAAUUACUCGACAGCCCGAUAUCACCGUCUUCCGAGCAAUCGGCGAGGACGAUAGCCGGAGGCCAUCAACCCGUGGCACCGCCGCGUUCGCGGAAGACAGGCUGGGCCGACGAAUUUAAAAGUGGCGGGAAGAUGAAGAGCACCAUCAAUAUAAUAGAACAAUUAUUCCUUAGGGAGCGGUUUCGCGGGGUGGACAAAGAUGAACCAGAAGAUGAAAUACCGGUCAUACCGGACUUGGACGAGAUUCAGGAGGAUAACUUCUUCAGCGAAAUUGCAAACACACAUUUAGGUGGUGUGAACCGAGUGGAAACGUACAAAGAGCUCGACACGGAUCUGUACAAAAGUACAGCUCUAUCGUCGCUCGACGACGUGAACCUGUCAUUACUAACGGAAAAAUUAUAUCCAGAUAAAUUAGUACGUGAACCAGACGAAGUGUGGAACUGGGAUUUAUCGUUUACACAGAUCGCGUCUGAAAUAAAUAGCGAGAAGCAAAACGAGGUUAAAUCCUAACUAAAAACUGUUCGAAUAAUAUAAUUAUCAUUUAUGACUUAUGUAAUAGUACAAUUAGCCAUUUCCAUCAAUAAAGUUAUUUUUAUACGUAUGU